AUGUGGAUGCUCUUCUUGGUGAGUGCCUUGCUGGGGGUGUCGGGGUCAGAGGUCGCUCCCUCUGCAGCGUCUCAGCAGCUGCAGGCCCUUCACUGUCCACCCUGCGAGAGGAUACACUGCUCCACCCGGCGGGCGCUGAAGCUGCAGUGCAGAGGCGGCGUCACCACAGGGGUGUGCGGCUGCUGCCCUGUUUGUGCCAGGACAGAGGGGGAGACCUGUGGAGGGACAUGGGACUAUCUGGGCAAGUGUGACGAGGGACUGCUGUGUGUUUACCAGGACGCAGCAGAGGACAAUCAAGAGCAAGAACGCAAAGGCACCUGUGAAGCAGUGAUGGUACCACAGGCUCCGGAGACGUGUCGCCCAGAGUGCACCAGGGAAUACUGUCAGGAAAACCCGUCUGAAAUCUGCUCUGCCAGAUCUGUGUCCCUGGAUAAAAAGUCAUGCCAGGACUCUUGCCAACACACCUCCUGUUCAAGCUGUCUGCUGUUAAAACCCCCAUCGUGUCCUCAGACCUGCGCCUCCUCUGACUCCUCCUGUCUACAUCGCUUUGGCAAGUGUGUGCACCAUCACCUGACUGCUCCCCACAGUCCUGUAUGCCACAACAACCUGCAGAAUCAUCCCGAGGGGCAUUUUGUGUGUUUUGUCCCAGCCUGUCAAAACACACCAAAGUAAAUCGAUGUGUAGCAUGUGUAACAUGUAGCAAAAAUGAAAACGAGGCAGCUAUCUGUAAACUUUGUCCGUCACAUUUUAUAUCUCAUGUAAACCUGUAAUCGUGCCAAAUGAUGUGUACU